AGGAAAGGGGCGAUGGUUCUUCGGUCACAUGCCGCGGGGUCUAGUGGGAGGAGCAGUUGCUCAGCAGCCUCUCGCCGCUUCCUGUUUCCGGUUUUUGGAGCAGGGAGCAGAGCGACGCUUUGGGGAGCGCUGGCCUCAGACAGGAACGGAGGACUGGGGUCUGCGGCCCGCCGCUCUCUGGCCGCGUGUCCCAACCCCAGGGCCACACUCUUGGGGGCUUCUUACCUUCAGCUGCUGCGUUUUCCGUGACACGAUGCUCCCCUUCUCUGGCUGUUGGAGGACUGAUCUGUUCCUGUUGCUAGUCCUGGCUUUGGCUGUGAGUGAAUCCUGGCAGGCAGAAGAAAAGUCUUGUGACCUGAUAGGAGACAAUGAUAAGGAGUCAAAGCAAGAGCAGGCUCUCCUGGAGAGGCUACGGCCACUGUUUAACAAAAGUUUUGAGAGCACUGUGGGCCAGGGCUCAGACACAUACAGCUAUAGAUUCAGAGUAUGCCGGGAAGCUGGCAACCACUCCUCUGGGGCAGGCCUGGUGCAGAUCAACAAAAAUAAUGGGAAGGAGACGGUGGUCGGGAGAAUCAACGAGACUCACCUCUUCAAUGGAAGUAAUUGGAUCAUGCUGAUAUAUAAAGGGGGUGAUGAAUACGACAACCACUGUGGCAAAGAACAGCGUCGAGCCGUGGUGAUGAUCUCCUGCAACCGACACACAUUAGCGGGCAAUUUUAACCCAGUGUCUGAGGAACGAAACAAAGUCCAAGAUUGUCUGUACCUCUUCGAGAUGGACAGCAGUGUAGCCUGUUCACCAGAGGCUUCUCACCUCAGUGUAGGCUCCAUCUUACUGGUCAUAUUUGCAUCAUUGGUUGCUGUCUACAUUAUUGGAGGUUUCCUUUACCAGCGACUGGUGGUGGGAGCCAAGGGGAUGGAGCAGUUUCCCCAUUUGGCCUUCUGGCAAGAUCUUGGCAACCUGGUAGCUGACGGUUGUGACUUUGUGUGCCGCUCCAAACCCCGCAAUGUGCCUGCUGCCUAUCGUGGAGUUGGGGAUGACCAGCUGGGGGAAGAAUCAGAAGAAAGGGAUGAUCAUUUGCUACCAAUGUGAUUGCACUUUUAAUGUCCAGCCACCUCUUCAGUCCCCAAACCAAAGCAUACACAGCCAGACUUCUCAAGCCGUCUCCUCAUCUCUCGCCUUGCCCUUAACACUCUUGCUUUCCAGUUGGCUUUUGAUUUGACCCUAAACUGCCUCCUUUUGCUCCUAUUGUUUCUCCUCUGCACAAAUACAGUGGAAGGUAGACAUAGGGUCUUUGGGGUUGAUUCUUGUGCCGUCAGGAAGAGCAAGGACAGCUAAAUGGACAGAAAGCCAGGAAGGAGCCCUGUCUGUCUAAACACUUUCACAUUGAGACACUGGAUUUAAUUAAAAAAGAAAGAAAGAAAGAAAAGCAAAGAUUACUUGUACCUUUGAUUGCUUCCUGUUGUCGAUGUCCCUGUAGCAGUCUGAGGGUCUGAGUGUGACUGCAUAGUUGCUUUGCAGUGCUUACCUGGCUUUAGCCCAAAUACUGCCAUUUGCUUUGAGCCUAGAGUGACUCACUUAAAUAUCCCUUGUGUGGGAUUAGGAUAGGAAAAAUGUGAAAUUUCCCAACUGCAGGAUUCUAAGGUGCCAUCACACUGUUUAUAGGUCUUUCCAUGGCUUAAUAGCUAGAAUUGGACUCUGAGCUGUUGUUAUAAAUCCUUAUGUAGCCCAAGUACCUAAUCAAGCAGUCCUACUAAAGGACAUACACCCAUGCUCUAGAGGCCCCAGAACCUGUUACCUUGUGGUGGGAUUUCCGGUUUCCUUCUGUUUACAGGAAAAGCUGGUAAGCCUGUUAUUGCUCACUUCGCUCUACGCGUACUUCUCAACUUGUGUUGCACUUUUCUCACAGGUCUGUAGUUUGGCUUUUUGUAUUUUUCCCAAUCUUA